CAAAAACCUGCCGUCCCGAUCUGAAGGGAAGGGAACCCCCCUGGAGACAUCAUGCGUGAGUGCAUCUCUAUUCAUGUUGGCCAAGCUGGAGUUCAGAUAGGAAAUGCGUGCUGGGAACUCUUCUGCCUGGAGCACGGCAUUCAGCCAGACGGCACCUUCAAGGAUCUGCAUGAUAAACCCAACGAUGAUGACUCUUUUACUACAUUUUUCAAUGAAACUGUCACUGGGAAACAUGUGCCUCGGGCUGUAAUGGUAGACUUGGAACCAACUGUAGUAGAUGAAGUGCGGGCUGGCACCUUCCGGGAACUUUUUCAUCCAGAACAGCUGAUCACUGGAAAGGAAGACGCAGCUAAUAACUAUGCCCGUGGCCACUACACUAUUGGCAAAGAAAGCAUCGAUAUGGUGCUUGAUCGUGUCCGUAAGCUGACUGAUGCUUGUUCUGGGCUGCAAGGAUUCCUGAUCUUCCACAGCUUUGGUGGGGGUACCGGCUCUGGCUUUACCUCCCUUCUGAUGGAACGCCUCUCUGUGGAUUAUGGAAAGAAGUCCAAACUGGAGUUUGCCAUCUACCCAGCCCCUCAAGUCUCCACUGCUGUGGUGGAGCCCUACAAUUCCAUCCUGACCACGCACACCACCCUGGAGCAUUCGGACUGCGCCUUCAUGGUGGAUAACGAGGCCAUCUACGACAUCUGCCGCCGAAACUUGGACAUCGAGCGCCCCACUUACACUAACCUCAACCGCCUCAUCAGCCAGAUCGUCUCCUCCAUCACCGCCUCGCUGCGCUUUGAUGGUGCCCUCAAUGUGGACCUGACGGAGUUCCAGACAAACCUGGUGCCCUACCCACGCAUCCACUUCCCCUUAGUGACCUACGCGCCCAUCAUCUCUUCUGACAGAGCGCAUCACGAGCAGCUCUCGGUGGCUGAAAUCACCAGCGCCUGCUUUGAGCCCAACAACCAGAUGGUGAAGUGUGACCCAAGACAUGGGAAGUACAUGGCCUGCUGCAUGCUCUAUCGCGGGGAUGUAGUUCCCAAGGAUGUCAACGUAGCAAUUGCUGCCAUCAAGACCAAGAGAACUAUCCAGUUCGUUGACUGGUGUCCCACAGGCUUCAAGGUCGGGAUCAACUAUCGGCCUCCUACAGUAGUUCCUGGUGGAGACCUAGCCCAAGUUCAGCGAGCGGUCUGUAUGCUGAGCAACACCACGGCCAUCGCAGAGGCUUGGGCAAGGCUCGACCACAAGUUUGAUCUGAUGUACGCCAAGAGAGCUUUUGUGCACUGGUAUGUGGGUGAAGGCAUGGAGGAAGGAGAAUUCGCAGAGGCCCGAGAGGACCUGGCUGCCCUAGAGAAGGACUAUGAAGAAGUGGGAACUGACUCAUUUGAGGAAGAAAAUGAUGGAGAGUAAUUUUAAAAUACGCUUUGUUCCCAGUGAGCACUGCAUUG